AUGUCGAGCAAGCAUACUGCCGAUGCAACGCAAGCAAACCCCAGCCGAAAGAUCUUGGGCGAGCAGCAGGCCGGGGUGGUAGCAGAUCUCGAACCGCUGACCUUGCACGGCACUGCGAGCUUCUCAAAGCCGCUUCGGAGGGAUGUCCGCUCAUCAGGUUUACAGCAAGAUGCUCGGAGAACGCUGCUCUCCGACCCAAAAUCUGUAGUCAACAGCCACGCCAUCCAUAUUGGACCUACUGAUGACCCCUACUCCGAAGCCAUAGCAAAUCGGAAUGUUGCUCACCUCCAGACGACCAGAGAGAAUCCAAGUCGUCCCAGGCGAGUGGAAAAGAGCGAGGAAGACGGUGCAGGGGCUGAUCAGAAGUAUGAGCUGGGAAGAAGAGAGGAUGUCGAGACCAUUUUGUCUCAAGCACCUGCUGUCACGCAUGAGACUCGAAUCGUGAACACUCACGAGAUCAUCACAAAGCCCAUGACCCGCGAGAUUCACAAUCACCACAUGCUCCAUCGAGUGCAGCCGAUCGACGAUAUUGAAGUUCUCCCACCACGGCACUUUGCGCCGCACACGUCUGGCAGGGGGUAUGUCGAGAUUCCAACCCCCAAAUCGUCAGAGGGCAUCCAAGAGCGUGUGAGAGAUGCAUUCGAAUCGAAUGCAGAAGAAAACCGAGCUGAAGCGCGGAAGAACAUCGGGGUGGGAAGGGUUGGUCCAGAGGGCAAGUACGCUGAAUGGAGCUCGUCCGAUGGUGUUCACCAUUCAGAGUCUGUUUGGGUCCACGACCCACAGCUUGAGACCGCGGCGAAAGAUGCAGGAGAGACAGUGCCGACACAUUUGGAUAUUCCGAGGCAUCCCUCCUGA